AUGGAGCUCACCACGGAACAAGAGCAAGCAUCCAAAAACCAUAAGAGAAUGGAGGAAAGGGUGAAGCGAUACAUAUCAUUAGGCCACACCGUCAACCUUGUUACUUCGGAAGAUAGAUGCUAUCCAGCCUCUGCAAUAACCUUCACAGAAGAUGACCUGGGGGGAGUACACCUACCCCAUGAUGAUCCUUUAGUCAUCUCAUUGCAGGUCGACCAUUGCCAGCUGGGGAGAGUUUUAGUCGAUGGGGGCAGUGGUGUUGAUGUCCUCUUCUGGGAAGCCUGUCAGAAGAUGGGACUCAAAGAAAGUAAGAUUAGACUAUCUGUUGUACCAAUCCUGGGAUUCAACAGCCAAAGGGUAUACCCGAAAGGCGCCGUUAGGUUGAACGUAGUUGCCGCAGAACGCACUUUGCCAGUAGACUUCCUCAUAGUGGACUCCGUCACAAGCUACAACGCUUUCAUGGGGAGGAACUGGAUCUACAUAAUGCAGGGAGUGGUCUCCACUUUACACCAAGUUAUGCGAUGCUAA